AUGGAUCUUCUCGCCGCUCUUCAAAGCUGCUUUUUCCAGAUUCUGAUCUGUCUUGGCCUGAGCCUUGCCCUCAUCACUGUUUACCGCCAACAUAGAGGCAUAUUUCCGACGAUCAAUGAUAGGAAAGCAUUUGAGUUCUCCGAUGAGCGGGCGAAGCGAAACUUUGUGAUUAACGGGCGUCGAUUGCUUCGAGAGGGUCUAGCGAAAUAUGGUGGCAAACCUUUCAGGAUUUUGACUGAUUCCGGGUACACAGUCAUCCUCUCGCCUGCUUUUGCGCAGGAAACUCGUAACUUGAGCGAUGUAAGCCAUGUCAAGGCUAUUGCGAAGAUGGUGAAUGCUCAGUACCCUGGCAUGGAAGCGUUCCGAGAAUUCGCUUUCAGAGACGAUCUAAUACAAGACGUCGUCAGACUGAAAUUGACACAAAUGCUUGGUAUGCUACCAAUUUCAAAAGACGUGCGAUUUUUAGCCAUUAAUCUUGAAUUAGGUAGCGUUACGCUGCCGCUUUCAGAGGAGACUUCUUUCACGCUCCGCGAGACGUUUACAGACAAUCUAGAAUGGCACGCUAUUGUGCCCCAUAAAACGCUCCUUGGUGCUGUGGCUCGUGUCUCCUCUCGUCUUUUUCUUGGCGAUAGGCUCUGCAGGGACGCUGAGUGGCUUGAAAUCAUUACUACGUAUACCACUUACGUUACCACCGCAGUCAAGCAAUACAAUCAAUACCCGGCGCUAAUACGCCCUUUCAUCGGCAGGUUUCUGCCUAGCGUCCGCGAAUUACUUCGUCAAGUACAAAAAGCCGAUAAACUGAUGGGUGUAGUUCUGCGAGAACGUGAGGCCUUGGAGGCUGCAGGAAAGAAGCCAGAUUACAUGGAUGCAAUCGAAUGGUUUAAGCAGACUGCUAAAGGUCGCAAAUACAACCCAGUCUACGUGCAGCUGACCUUAUCCUUUGUGGCUAUACAUACAACUGCCGACCUGAUCACCCAGGUGAUGUUUGACCUUGCUCUAAAUCCGGAAUAUAUCGAGCCCCUUCGUGAAGAAGUGCUUCAGGUGCUGAAAACUCAGGGAUGGAAAAAGACGUCUCUCUAUAAUAUGAAAUUUCUCGACAGUGUACUCAAGGAGACACAGAGGUUGAGACCCAUCAACGAUACGUCCAUGCAACGAAUUGCGUUGAAGGACGUUACGCUCUCUGACGGAACCGUACUUAAAAAGAACACAAUAUUCGCUGUCGCUUCAACGUGCCAUUGGGAUUCUAAAUACUACCCGGACCCCCAGAAGUACGACGGCUAUCGCUUUUUAAAGAUGCGGGAAGACCCUGUUAAGGGGAAUCUCGCCCAAUUUGUCUCCACUAGCCCCACUCACCUUGGUUUUGGUCACGGGCAACACGCUUGUCCUGGGCGAUUCUUCGCAUCCAAUGAAGUCAAGAUCAUUAUGUGUCAUAUUCUGCUGAAAUACGAUUGGAGGUUGGUGGGCGACCAGGAGCCAAGGACCUUAAUUCACGGAUUCAUCUUGGCUGCCGAUCACAGCACGAAGCUUGAAAUCCGCAGACGGAUAGAGGAAAUCGACCUCGACAAAAUAGAAUGCUGA